AUGGGACAUCCGAUACCUCCUUUUUGCACUGAGUUCCCCUGCAGCGUCGUGUGCCCGCGGGGACUUCUGGAAUGUGCAAGAACAGUUGAUAUACGCCAGCUUGGAAGUCAUUAUUCACGGCGGCCGUCAACAUCACUGGCUUCGGAGGGACUAUUAGCAUCAGCACCAGCAGCUGCGUCGAUGGAUAUUGGGACGCCCAUCAACCGGCUGCCCAUCAUGGCCAAGCAGGUCCUGGACCUGUACGAGCUGUACAACCUGGUGGUGGCGCGCGGCGGCCUCGUCGACGUCAUCAACAAGAAGCUGUGGCAGGAGAUCAUCAAGGGCCUCAAGCUGCCCUCGUCCAUCACCAGCGCCGCCUUCACGCUCAGGACGCAGUACGUGAAAUACUUGUACCCUUACGAGUGCGAGAAGGAGCGUCUCUCGACACCGGCCGACCUGCAAUCAGCCGUCGACGGGAACAAGCGCGAGGGACGCCGCCCCCCCUACGGCACCUACUGCGAGGGGCUGAGUCCUCCGCUGCUUCCCCUGCAGAACCUCCAGUCUCUCCAGAACCUGCACAACCUCCAGAACCACAUGAAUCUGUCGACGCACCGCCACUUCAACGGCAACGGGGCCCUGCAUCCCUCGCCGCUCGCGCAGGACUACCUGAUGGGUCGCGGAGGCUCUCCCCCCGGGUCGCAGGAGGCGCUGCUGGAGGCGACGCGACUCACCAUGUGGAAGCUGUACAACCAGGGCCUCGGCGGAGGCUUCCAGCACGAGGACGACGGGCCCAAGCUGCCCAUGCCCCCCCACCCCCUGGCGGGCAUCCCCUUCCCGCCGCAGAAGGAGGCGCUCAACCUCGACGUCAAGGAAGACGACUGCCACGAGGGGCGUGUCUACCCCGGCCUGUGCCCCCAGCGACCACCGCGCCAGGAGAAGCCUGCCGAGCUGCGACCUCCCAUGGGCGUGGGCGUGGGCGGGAUGCUGACCCCGACGGCGAAGCGACCCAUGCACCACGAAGAGCCCCUGGAGCCCCGCCCACCGCUGGCCGCUAGCCCCACCCACCAGCCGCUCACGCCCAGCCUCCCGAGCAUCAAGAUCUCCUCCAGGGGCAACGGCAGGAGUCAAGACCAGAGCAUCGUGGUGAGCAUGGAAAUCAACGGCAUUCUGUACCAGGGCGUCCUCUUCCCCCAAGCUCCCAGGACGCGACUCAGCUAAUCCUCCUUCACCUAAUCAGCGCAGGAUUGGGUUGGAUCGUUCGACAGGAGACGCGAGAGAAUCCUGAAGGCCCGAGGAGUAAACAGAAGCCCGAAGGAGUUCCCAGGACGUGGAAGGCCCCUUGUUAUGACCCGCCCCGUCUGCCUUUCCUCACUUGUACUCUGAUGCGCGUUCGACAUGCGGUUGAGCGUCGAUUCCCGCGUCGACCUUGCCCUAAGCGGUGGUCGACUCAUGUUUUCUAGUGUUAGACGAUGUGUUAGAAGAGAGAUGUUAGUCUUACCAUGGAAUACAAAACUAAAAGAAAUAGCUAUUCUGAAUGUAAUCCGCCUAGGGGACGAAAAUUGCCAUUUUUUGUUAUUUUGCAAAGCCAUACAUUUUUUUUUUUUUUUUUUGUCUUGGUUCAAUUCGUUCAAUUGAUACUUUAGAAUAUGAGAUUGUUCAGCUUAUUUUAAUUGUUUUGUGCCAAAUUCAACAGACAUUCCAAAAGCACCGAUUUGGUAUCUUAUAAAAUUGCCCCUGCUCUAGAGGCUCAAAAGCGGAUGACCCAAGUUCGAAACCCCGAACCCCGAGCCCCGAACCUUGUGAACCCUGCUUCUACGUGAAGGGCAGAAGAAAACGUGUACAUAGUGUAUUAUAGUCUUAUCCGCCGGUGGGGUCAGCUUCUUCUUAGACCCUCCCCCUCUCCCCACACCCCUUCUUUCCCCUCCCCUCCCCUCCCCCCUCGAGAAAAUGUAAGUUGAAGAAUGGAUAGCGUGUCAGGUGCGUUGCAAAUGAUAUUCGCUUAUUAACAAUUGACCCGUUCAGUGGUAUCCAAACCUUUUCUAUAGACUCCCCGAUUGUGUAGAUAGUUGCGUAGUUCGUCGUUCAUUUGUUUAUAACUGUGAGUCGGUAAGAAGGUGUUUCACAGUUUCUUUUUAUAUACACUAAGUUGAUCUCAUGUUCGUGUAAUUUAUAUUUUUGAAUAAAUGUUAUAGAAACAG